UGGUCCAUCUCCAAUCAACGCUACCAGUGCUGUGGUUCGACACCGAUCACUACACCGAAGUCUAUCGCCGCUCUCGGCUGCCCGAACAACCAAGUGGCCUAUCGAGAUGUGGCCACAAAUCAGCCACGAAUCUGUACGGCUGCCUCGCAAAAUUGCCCUACUGGCUACUUCUGCCAGUUCUCUACUGCCAACAAUCAGUUCCAAUGUUGUGGAAUGUCUGGAGGCUGUCCGAAUGACUCUGUGGCAUUCAUUGGAAUCACCGGUGAAGCCCAAAGUUGUGCCAUCGGACAGAGCAGCUGCCCUAAAGGAUACUCGUGCCAGCGCAGUCUUACUGGAGCUCAGCUAUGUUGCACAACCAAUGAACAAGGUUCGUUUUUGUUUGUUUCCUUAUUCGAAUACCCAGCCUCAUUCCGUGCCUUUUUCCGCGAGUACCUGGAGGAAUAG